AGUCAGGCUAACGCGCGCAAAAACAUGACCACACAGAUAACAGGCGGGCAGGACGUGAGCAACUAUGCCGGAAGUGGCAGCCAAUUUGCGACCGUUAUGGGCGCUGUGUGUGCUGUGCGCCAUUUCGAGCUCCGUCGAGGCGCGCGUCCGACUGAGGGGACAAGGACCGGGCCGGCUGUUGCACCGAGUGGACCCAAACUUUGUGUCCGUCACUAUCGACUCCAGCCUCGCUGAAGACCCGCUAUUCAUGCGCAUGCUCAGCUCUCCCAAAGUACGUGUCUUGGCCAAGGCGUUAUCUCCGGCGUUCGUCCGCUUCGGAGGAACCCGGCAGGACUUCAUGCAGUUCCAGCCCCAGGGCAAAUCCAGAGGCCCGAAGUCACAGCCCAAACCUCUUUCGGGUUGGUGGGAGGAGCAUCUGCUGGCGCUGUGGCGCAAACAGAAACAGCGGCUCACCGAAGAAGACGCCAGCAGGAAGUACCGGCAGGUCAAGUUCACAGAGAGCACGCUGGACGAGCUUUACACCUUCGCCAAUGUAUCCGGCUUGGAUCUCAUCUUCGGACUCAAUGCAUUGCUCAGGAACGACGACAACAGCUGGAACAGCAGCAACGCGCAAGCUCUACUGCGCUACUGCGAGGAACGGCGCUAUCGACUCUCAUGGGAGCUUGGCAACGAACCAAACAGCUUUGAGAAGAAGGCGGGGUUUCGCGUGAACGGUGACCAGCUGGGUCGGGACUUUACUCGUCUGCGGGAAAUUAUGUCACAGUCGCCGUGGCACCGCUCCGCUCGCCUCUACGGGCCUGACGUCGGCCAGCCCAGAGGACGUACAGUGGACUUGCUAGACGGGUUCCUGCACAGCGGGGCCGACGCCAUCGACGCCUGCACAUGGCACCAUUACUAUGUGAAUGGUCGAGACACAUCGUUGGAGGACUUCUUGGAUCCUAAAGUUCUGGAUUCACUGGUGGCGAAGACCAAACGAGUCAUCGAGGAAGUCAGGCGCGUGUCUCCGGGCAAGCCAGUGUGGUUGGGAGAGACCAGCUCAGCGUACGGAGGUGGCGCUGUGGGCCUCUCUGACACCUUUGCGGCAGGAUUCAUGUGAGUCGCACGCACAAAUAUUAAAUGCAGUCAUGCUAAUGAGAACCAGAACCAAAUUAAUCAUAAUUCAGAUCGUUAUUGUUGUUGGCGUUAAGGGACCAUGAUAUAGUAUUGUAAUCAAUCGGCCAAUUGGUUACCAUAAUUUUACUCUGCCAAAUAUUGGCAUCAUUUUAA